AUGAAGACGUGCGUCGCUAUCUUUGGGCUUGCCCUGGUGGCACCAAUGUAUGGGAAUGCGCACCCACAACAUGGCGGCGGUGUCCACCAGCGGUUCCACAUUACCACGCAUGGACCUGCGGUAUCUAGCUUGAGUGUGAGCAGUGCAGCGAUUGAGAGUUCGCCGGUUGCUGUGGUUGGAGGAGGCACUCCGACCAGUUCUGCAGUCAUUUCUCCAAGUUCCGGGCAAAGCAUUACCUCUCCUCACUCGAACGACACAACAUCAACCUCUAACAGCACAUCACCAUUAGCAGCCUCGAUCGCCGGUCUCGGUCUCUCACCAGAAUGCUACAGACCAAACGGCGUGCCUAUGGGCUGGCUGCCAGACGGAGUCAACAUAACGACCAUUCAAAGCCAAGUCGAUUCCUUACACGGCCCCUGCACCUACGGUAACUACGCCCAAAUUACCUCGGCGACCAGCAUGAGCGGGGCGGCCUUACAAAUGGACACUCAAGCCAUGCCUUCUUCACUCAAAGGCGCCAUCUACAUUAUCGCUCUCCAGCCAUACAUUCCAUUCUCUGAAGUCUCGGCCUCAGCGGUCGUGGCUUCGAUGAAUAAGAUCCUCGCAGAAGGAUCCCAAACCAUCUGGCUCCGUCUCGCUCACGAGGUGAACUGGUACAUCGACACCAACACCAUAAACACUGACCCUACCGUCAAAUACCACGGCACCACCGAGGAGUACAAGGCCAUGUGGCAGGCCGUUGCUAAAGGCGUCGAUCGCUCCCGGGUUAAGAUGUUUUGGAGUCUGAUACCCCCUUUCCAGCCAGGCGACACGGUGGACACGAUGGACGCCGAGUGGUUUCCAGGCAGCGAGUAUGUGGAUAUUGUGGGAUUGGAUGCGUACGGAGAGAUUCUCAGUGGGGAACAAGCGACGUUUGAAUUGAUGAUGGGUGCAUUUUGUGCGAAGUAUCCGCAGAUUCCGGUUGCGUUGGGGGAGACGGGGUGGUUGCAGGGUGGGACGACCGCGCAGAAGGAGUAUUGGCUGGGCCAGGUCAGUUCAAAGGAGACGUUGAAGGUUUGUCCGCAGUAUAUUGGGUUCUCAUGGUUCGAGUACAUGAAGGAUGGCGAUUACAGGAUUGUCAUGGGGUCUGAUGGCAACAUCGCAAAGAGCGUGCUUGCGGCUGCGAGCUGA